AUGUUCGCCACCGAUAUAAAGCUAACCCCACAGAAGAACAUAGAAAUGGGGCUUGUAACGGCAGGGAAGGUGGAAGAUAUUGCAAGGCAGAAUGCAACUAUCGGAGAUUGUUCUGAACUACAAACUAUUGAAAAGUUACCAGGUGAACCAAUUCGUAGCCUCAGACGGAACAAUGCCAUUUAAGAAGGCUGACGACAGUGUGACAGUAGCAUGCUCAUUUAAAGAACUUUAUUAGAAUUGUUUUACCUACUUACUAUUAUGAAAAAGAUAGAUGGAAAGACAAAAUGAAAAAGAUUAACAAUUAUGGCACGAAUAUCUCACAUGUUUAUAGACUUACGAUUAAAAGUUGAGACACACUUUCCUGCAACGCGUCAGAACCGCGCCACCAUUAUAUAAAGUAUCUUGUUGAUAAAAUCCAACAUGGCCGUAGCUAGUCCCCAUGUGGUUGCUCUAACCUAACUUCAGUCUGUGUUUGGUUUCUUCUCUAAAAAGGUAUUUUCUAAAAAAGAUGAUUGGGCUCCCAGAUAAUACUCCUAACCACAUGCUAUAUCUCGAAAAAUGAUUUGAUAAUUUGUGUAUUUAUACUUUAAAAUUGCACAUCAAGUAGAUAACAAAAGUGAAGAGAAGAAUAGUUGGGGUGAUCAGUCAAAUAAUAAGGCAAAAAUAAAUGAUAAUAUUUGUUUUGACAUUUGCCGACGUUUCGACCUGAAGUUCAGGCCUUCAUCAGGGCUAAGAAAAGAACAAGAUAACAAUAGAGUAGUUAGAUUAGUAGUCAGAGUAGUUAGACUCCAUUCGCAAUGUCUUAAUUUUACUAUAUAUUUUCAUAUCUUAUAUAACUUCAUAUUCCUUUUUUCUGUUUUACAUUUUAUUCUAAGAUUCCCAUUUUAAUACUUAUGUCACUUUUUUUAUCAUAUUUACUUCAUCAUUCCACACUUUGUAACGUUUAUUAUUAUUUAUAUCUUACUUCUUACUAUUGUCAUUAUUCUAACAACUUCAUUUUACUUUAUUUAUUUUUUUAUUUUUUUUUAUCUACACUACUUAUGUUUCUCAUACCUUGUUAUCUGGUUCUUUUCUUAGCCCUGAUGAAGGCCUGAACUUCAGGUCGAAACGUCGGCAAAUGUCAAAAUAAAUAUUAUCAUUUAUUUUUGCCUUAUUAUUUGACUGAUCACCCCAACUAUUCUUCUCUUCAUUAUUCACGACAGUCGACCAUUAUACCCACAAAUAUAACAAAAGUGUUGGAAAUGGGUCACUGACGACUCCCGCAUGUCAUAGCUAAAUUAUUCAUCGAAAAGAAUAUAACAUGGAUAGCAUUGAGAAGGACAGGAACAAAAUGUGACAUUUCUUUCACCAAAAAAGAUCUGCAGAAGGAGUUAAAAACACAUAAAGACAUAUUACUUGAAAAACUAAAGCAAGAGAAAAUCAAUUAAUACAUUAAGAGGGCAAGAUCAGCAGAAUAUCAUAAUAUGUAUGCCAAAUUAGAACAUGAUUGCGGGUAUUUUCGGCAGAAUGAUUGCAAUUUAUACUUCAUUCGGCUAAUUUUUAAAGCGAGAGGGAAACUCUUCAAUCUAAAUUACCAGCCGUGGCGGGAUAAAAGUGGAAAUUGUUCUUUGUGCAAUAUGAAUGCACCGGAACUUUCAUUUUAUAUCGGUUUGCCCAAUACUAAAAGAGUUCAGAAUAGAAUUUUUAAGUAUGCAUCAACUAAAUUUUAUGGAUACGAUAAACUACAGUAAUCUUUAUUUGUAUUUAAAAACAUCCAUUAAUUAUAGAUGUGAAUUAGUGAGAGAAUAUAAUUUAGAAUAAUAGGUAUCUAAGUUUAUGUUUAUGUAUAUUUGUACAUUAUUUAGGUAUAUUUAUAUUUUUAUAUUAAGAAAGAAUUUUUAGUUAAAAUUAAGAUUUUUUUUAAUUAAGUAGAUUAUAUCGCAAUUGGUAUCUUGUUAUAUUGAAACUGUGAAUUUUUAUAAGAUAAGAUAUCUUCAUGAAUAAACUAGGGGAACACCCCGACAGACGAACAUAAGUUCAUUGGCGAUAAAUCGUUUAAUUAUAUGUAAAAAAAAAAAUUAUAAUGUGUACUUUAUAAACAAAUAAACGCCUCUAUCUAUCUGCCUAUCUAUCUAUCUAUCUAUCUAUCUAUGGAUGUACGCUUGGACGCGGUAGGUGCAUGUGAGUUCCAACCUUAAGUUUCAUUGGUGUGUACUAUGUAAGUGUAUUCAGUGUAUUAAUAAUACAUAAUUCACUCUAAUAACAAUUAUGUACCCUAGAAUAAUAUACGAUUGUUAGUUGAGAGAUCGAUAAGGCAUUGCAAAUGAAUUCCUCUGAUCCUCUGAACCAUUCUAAUUGUUUAUAAUAUUUGAAUAUGAAAAAUUAAUGUAAAAUAAAG